AUGGGUAACUCUGGGAGUAAAAUCAACUUUAACAAAGCAGUAAUUGAACUUACCACAAAGAAAUCAAAAGCAGAAGAAGAUGCUUUUUGGAAUGAACUAUGGUCUGGUAAUAUCAACAGUGCCGCGGAUGUCUUUGCACUAAUUCCACCAAAUGAUAUACGUUCACUGCGUGAUGGUUCUCCAAACAAUCUAGCUACAUUGUGUUACAAAACUGUUUAUCGUUUGACAUCGGCUUGUAGUUCCCCAUCAGCCUUAUCGUCCUUCAAAGUAUUGAACUGUGUGCGACUGCUGACAAGACUUUGUCCUUAUUUAUUCGAAGAUUCCGAUUGGAGAAGCUUUUUUUGGUCAUUACCUCCAGCGGAACAGCAGUUUUCUCAUCAACCAUUAGCGUGCACGUUGAUGACUGCUCUUACAGAUCUUUUAUUUUGUCCUGACUUUACUGUUUCAUCACUCAAAAGUUCAGCGACAGAAUCCGAUGAUUUAAGCACUGUCGAUAGUUGUGAAUAUAUAUGGGAAGCUGGUGUUGGCUUUGCUACUAAACCAUCGCAAAUAGGAGAACACGAUCAGCGACGAACUGAAAUUCUGAAACUUUUACUUACAUGCUUUUCCGAAGUUAUUUACACUACAGCCGCUAGUGAAAAUCGAAUGCGAUGGAUAGCUAGAUUUACAUCUGCUGAAAACCGCCAUGUUUUACCACUUUUCACUUCAUUACUUAACGUCGUUUGCGCAUAUGAUCCUGUUGGCUACGGUGUACCAUAUAAUUAUUUGCUUUUUACGGACAGCAGAGAACCACUUGUUGAGACAGCUUUACAAGUACUCAUUGUAUGCCUAGACAGUGAGACACAAUCCUCUGAUAAGAAAAAUGAGUAUGACGAUAAUUUUUUUAUUAAUUAUUUGUCAAGGAUCCAUCGUGAAGAAGACUUUGAAUUCAUGCUAAAAGGCAUGACUCGAUUAUUGACUAAUCCAUUGAUUGCAACAUAUCUCCCAAAUUCUACCAAAAAAAUUGCAUUUCAUCAGGAGCUUCUUGUUUUACUGUGGAAGUGUUGUGAAUAUAAUCAAAAGUUUAUGUUUUAUUUGUUAAAAACAAGUGAUGUUCUCGAAGUUCUUGUUCCAAUUUUGUAUCACGUGAACGCUUCUCGCAAUGAUGCAGCUCAUGUCGGUCUAAUACAUAUGGGUGUUUUCAUUAUUCUAUUGUUAAGUGGUGAACGAAACUUCGGCGUGCGUUUAAAUAAACCUUAUAGCCCAAAAGCAUCUAUCGACGUCCAGUCAUUUACUGGGACUCAUGCAGAUCUGCUCAUUCUAGUUUUCCAUAAGUUGAUAACCACUGGCAAUCAUCGAUUGCAAUCAUUAUUUGAAUGUCUUCUAACAAUCAUCGUCAAUGUAUCACCAUAUUUAAAAUCAAUUUCAAUGGUUGCUGCCAAUAAACUUAUUCAUCUUAUUGAAGCGUUUUCUACUCCUUGGUUUCUAUUUUCAUCAUCGACGAAUUACCAUCUUGUUUUUUUCCUCCUAGAAGUUCUCAAUAAUAUUAUUCAAUAUCAGUUUGAUGGUAAUUCAAAUUUAAUAUACACCAUCAUCCGUAAACGCGAAGUUUUUUACCAGCUUGCAAGUCUAUCUUCUGAUUCGGCAUACAUUACGAAAAUGCUAGAGGGACGCAAGAAUCGCAAAUGUGAUGUUUCAGAACCAAAGGAAUCAACUCGCGAAGUGAAACUUGUAAAUAACCACCGAUGGAUCAUCACAACUUGUUCUAUAUAUCUUUUUUAUUAUCUUUUUUUAUUAAAACAUAUUGUAGAUGUCGAGAAUCCUGUCAAUAUAAAAGCUACAUUAGCUAAAACGCCUAAAUUUUCGAAAAUGACUGAAAAAGGGUUAAACGAUUUGACGUAUGACAAUGAUAGUAAUGUUCAAGAAAGAUGGGUACCGACAACACAAUGGGUAGAAUCUUGGAAAAAUAAACUUCCUUUACAAACAGUAAUGAGGCUUCUGCAAGUACUUGUGCCUCAAGUUGAGAAAAUAUGUAUCGAUAAAGGUUUAACUGAUGAAAGUGAAAUUCUAAAAUUUCUCCAGCAUGGGACGCUGGUAGGAUUGCUACCUGUUCCACACCCUAUACUAAUUCGAAAAUACCAGGCGAAUGCUGGAACGAACCAUUGGUUUCGAACAUAUCUGUGGGGCAUCAUUUAUUUAAGAAACAUCGAUCCACCAAUCUGGUAUGAUACGGAUGUUAAGUUAUUUGAGAUUCAGAGAGCUUGA